GCUCUCCCUCCCGCUCUUUGGCAAGUCGCGGAGGGGGCGCGUGCGCGUGCCCUCGGCUGGGGGCGGAGAGAGGAGGACGCGCGGAGGUCGGCUGGUCAGUCAGUCAGGCGCAGGGGAAUGGCGCGUGCGCUGCUGCGGCUAUUGCCGCUGCUUCUGGCAGGACUGCAGCGAACUCUGGCUCUCAGCCUGCCUUCGGCCCCGGCGCAGCCCCGGAGCCUAGCCCGCCGAGGCACUGAGGAACCAUGCCCACCCUCUAAGUUCCCAUGUGGCGGUGGCAUCUGCAUACCCUCUGAGUGGCUGUGCGAUGGUGACAAGGACUGUUCAGAUGGCAGAGAUGAAACUCACUGCCCGGCUGACUCUUGUGCCCCUGGGGAAAAGCGGUGCCCCUCUGACACGUGUUCCCCAGUCAGAUGUGAGGGACCUGAAUGUACUGAUGUAUGGAUUGAGGCCAGCUGCCCCCUGCCUCCCUGCCUGGCUGAAUACCGAUUUUGUGAUGACAUCAACGACUGUCCCAACGGCACAGAUGAACAGCUUAUGGACUGCAAGAAGCACCGUUCGAAGAUGUCCUCCCCACGGUGCACCCGGCAGGACUUCCAGUGUGCCUCAGGAGUGUGCAUCCCACAUGCAUGGGUGUGUGAUGGACACCCAGACUGUGUUAGUGGCAAUGAUGAACUUCAUUGUGGGACAACAGAAGCUCCCGACAAUCAGACUACCACCUUAACUAUGUCUUCCACUCUGGGUAAUGAGAGUGCUGUCCCUUCAGGAAAUCAGAAUGCCAGUGGGAUGACUAUGGCCACUGGGGUGACACAAACUGCUGGAGAUCAGACCACCACCCCAGGACAUGGAAGCCUCACACCUUCAGAAAGACGAAGCGCAUAUGGCCUGGUCAUGGCAGCAGCUGCCCUGAGUGGAGUUCUGGCUGCUGCCUGUCUCCUUGUAUGUUGCCAGACGUGGGCUCAAGUCCGUUGGCGCCUCCUACCCCAGCCAAACCUGGUAGAAGUUGUGAAGGAGUCAUUGCUGAUGCCUGAGAGGACACCUUCUUCCUUAAUCUGAGGGCUUCCAGAACGGCUUUUGGUCUUCCGGGUCCAUUGUGAAACUGGCCCAGGCCUCCCUAGGGCUGAACCAAGAGUCCCCCAGGAGGAGAAAAGGCAAAGGGGUGGGGGAGAGAGACUGUUAGCUACACAGAACCCUCUUCCCUUUGGGCCUCCAUCACAAGCUAUAGCUCCUGACCUUGUUGCCUUUUUCUGCCACCCUGGGAGGCCUUGCAUCCGGCACCCCUUGGAUAGGGCCGGAUGGGCGUGGAUCCUGGUUCCUUCCAACAGAACACAUCCUGCCUGCAUAGGGGUGGGUGGGAAUUGGCUGUUGGCUCCAGAGCUGGUCACACAGCCCGAUCGCUCUCUCAUGCAGCUGGUUUCAGGGGCUGUACUCUAUGUUGAGCAAGGCUGGGUGUCCCUGGCAUUAGCCACAGGGCAGGGCUAGUGGCCCAGGGGUGAGACACUCCGUUCAGCUCCCAGGUGGACUGCAGGUGAGGGGGAGGACAGCCUCAAUACCUAGGAUGAUCUACAGUUCAGUAAUUAAAAUAAUUUCUCACAACUUAA